GUUCUUGUCCUUUUGCUCCCAGGCUUAGCCUGUGUCGCUUGUACCCGUUGGAAGCCCUACAUCCUCACACUACUGGUAAACUGAAAUAGUAUGCUGUCCCAUAGAUAUGCACAGGCUCCUAUCUCUAGGCGUAGACAGGAGCAAGUCGCAACGCGGCUCAAGUCGGUAUUGACGAUUCCCGGCAGGGCACUCGCGAGUGGCCCUGCCCGGCGCCCCGCGACAGUCAAUCGCUAUUCGUCAUGCAGCAGCAGCUCUGACAGGCAGUCCCGAUGGACUCCAAGGGCAGCCGGAAGCACUCAGCAAAUCGCAACAUCGCCGGGGCCCAGCGCUGCCCCAGCUGCCAGCUGCUCCUUCCCCCGCGGCCCCCUGGUCAACGAGUCAACGCCGCAACGUCAUGACUGGUGGCAGUGGCUGACGUCCGUGGUGGCGUCUGCGGGGCGCGUCGCGGCGCUGGCGCUUGUGGUGGCGUCGCUGGUCCUGGCGUCCCCUGGCGCCGCCCUAGCCAAGGGCUCUGGCGGUCGGGCAGGAGGCCGCGGCGGCCGCAGCAGGGGCGGCAGUAGCAGCCGCUCCAACGGCAGUAGCAGCGGCGGCGGCUGGUCAUCUUCCUUUGGCGGCGGCGGAGGCGGCAGGACUAGCUACGGCCGGUCUGCUCUCGGCGGCGGCUACGGAGGCGGCGGCGCCAGGGAAAGUUUCAGCAUAGUUCGAACGAUGAUUUCAUUUCCCUACAACGGCAUUUACACGCAUCUGCCCGGGGGCCCCAGCGCUGGCAGCAGCUACGGCUACAGCGGCAGUAGCAUACCCGCCGCCAAUGCGUUCCGGGUGGCUGUAGCAACCCUGCUGAGCUCUGUGUUCUGGAUCGUGCUGAUUCGGGCCUACUGGCUCUUCGUGACCGACCCUGUGGGUCUCACGCUAGACACAUUCCUCAUCGGCAAACGAGGUGGCCGCGGAGGAAGCACCAGCGGGAGCGGGAGCGAUGGGUGGAGUGGCGGCGACAGCCUGGCGGCGCGUGGGGCGCCGGUGGCCGUGUGCCGGGUGCAGGUGGCGGUGCUGGCCUCGGCGAGGGAGGAGCUGCAGACCAAGCUAGCGCGGCUGACUGAGGAGGUGGACACGCGCAGCCCCAUGGGACUGCACACGCUGCUGCACGAGACUGCGCUGCUGCUGCUGCGGCACAGCGAGGCGUUUGCCUACGGCGGCGUGCAGGAGGCGGCGGCGGCGAGCGAGGCGGCGGCGGAGGCGGCCUUCGACCGACUGAGCCUGGCGGAGCGAAGCCGAUUCAAGGAGGAGACCCUGUCCAACGUGCAGGGCCGCAAGCAGCGCUCCCACAUGACUGCUGCUGCUGUCGCCUCCGCCAGCAGCGGGCGGCGGCGUGAGGCCGUUGAUGAACUGGUGGUGGUUACGCUGCUGCUGUUGGCGCACCCGCCCCUGACCUGGCUGCUCACAAAUGCUGGCGCCGCCGGGGCCGCAGCGGCGACGGGCUCCCUGCUUGGCGUGCGCGAUGCGGCGACCGUGCCGCGCGAGAGUGCUGGCGCCAGCAGCAGCAGUGGCGGCGACGGCAUCUGGUCGAGCAUGCUGCGCGGGUUGGGUGCCAAGGGUGGGAGCGGGAAGCAGGAGGGGGUUGAGGAGUCGGGGUGGGUGUCGCACCUGGAUGGCGUGCAGGGUGUGCGGCGCGCGCUGCUGGCUCUGAGCGGCGUGUGGGCGAGUCAGCUGCUCGCGGUGGAGGUGCUGUGGACGCCGGAGCAGGCCGGCGACACGUUCAGUCGGGAGGACCUGCUGGAGGAUUACCCGCACCUGCAGCCGCUGUGAGGGGGAAGCAGAUGUGGAUGGGGCACUGGUGUGGUGACGUGGAGUGGGGAGGCAAUCAGAGGUUAGGAAGAGGCCUGCAGUGAGCAGGGGUGCGGGGUGGCCAACUCGCCCCAUGUGAUCGGUAACGGUCGGCAACCGCCCCUAAUUCCCAGUUGCGACCAGGCCCCGGCCCGAUUUCUUUGCAUAGACCUAUAAGGAGUACCCCAUAGAAGACCCCUGGCGCGCCGGGCGACUAGUUUACUGGCCUUUGACGAAACUUGACCAUUUGAACAGCAUUACCGCAUUUCCAGCCUCGAUGCAGCGCCCGGUGCGCCAGGUGACCAUCUAGAAGUGUUACGAAGUAGAUGGAGCGAAGCGGACAAGGCGGUCGCUGUUGGCUGCUCUGGGCGCUGGAGGGCUCUGCUCUGACGGCGUUCGCUGCAAUGGGCGUCGAGAAGGGCUGGUUGGUUUCGGGCGCAUCCUUUCUGGUAGUCCCAAGCAACGCCCGGCCGCCGUCGUCCAGCCCAGCCAUCCCAAUACAGCAGCCGCUUUCUGUCAGCCAGCCAUGGGCGCGACCGUCCACAGCGUUUACCGUCGGUUACGAGGUAACAUGUGAAUUCGCAACUUGCGCUACUGACUGCCUACUCUCGUGCCACCUGCAAGCCCACUCCGCCGUCCGCUCUGGUCUACGUACGCAUUCGUUCCCACCACACUCGUCAUUAAGCGUGUGCGCUUUCAGCCCAAGCGCCUUCAGGCCGUGUCUCCGGCGAAGCCGGCUGACAAGCGCAAGCGCCCAUGAGCAUAUGUCUCCCAAAUGCACACAUGUUUACAAUACUUUCAUGCAUUCAUGAUGGCUGCUUUCAUACUGAGCAAUGAAAGUGAAGUACAAAAACAACGUGCAUUUGAUUGUGUGACGCGGGAUGUGACGCAGGAGCAGCAUUAUAGUAUACACCACGAAUAAGUACCCCUUUUUAAUUGCAGUAGUAACCUAGUGCAAAUGACGUACGAUAUGGUCUGAGGAGUGGUAUGCCACGUUCGAGGUGGGUUAAUGGUAUGCGUUCGAGGUGGGGGAGGCGCUGGAGGGGAUGGAGAGGGCAAGCAAUGCAGAUGCAUGGGAAGUGUGUUAGAGCUAUAUGUGUAUGUACGGUAUGCGUGGAUGCAUGCAAAGGGCGCAUGGAGCAUUUCAUCCGCCUGCAACGAGUGAAAAGGGCGAGGAGCAUGGAGUGGCAGGGGUGCCUAGGUGCGCGUGGGUGCGCUAGCAAGGGACCUGGUUUGGCACAUGUGUUUGGGUGCUCAGUUUAGCAAGCCUGCACUGUGAAUCGAUCAUGUAACCAGCAAGCUCC